CGCCCCCACCCCCAAUAUCGUGAUGAUAUUAAUAAGCGGUGUCAGCCGAGAUCGAGUUAUCGUUCUUCUGUGUGCUGUCACUCUAUUGGCAUCCAUCACUACAUGCACUUCGGCAAAAAUCUCCGUCGAUCUCUCGGCUUUAAUUCGCCCAAGCGCUUAUGAUCAAGACUACGGCGUCUCUAAAAGGCAGCUGAGAACGCAUUAUCGAGCGGGUAAAUACGAUGAAGAAAGGGCGAACACCGCGGGAAUUUCGCAGUGGUUGCAUGGUGGACAAACCGCUGACGACGUGUUUAAACUGCUAAAGCUGGACGACGGAGUGGAAACGCUUCUUUCCAACCCGAAGUUGCGCACGUUCAUGGACUUUGUAGACCAGUACAACAUGCAAAACCCUGGGAACGGAGCGACAGCGAUCAAGUCUGUCACUGCGACGUAUGGAGACGAUGUUGUGGCCAAGGUGCUUCAAAGCGCGACGAAAGUUUCAACGACGAAAGUUAUGGCGGAAAAGUUACUGGGUGACCAGAGGAUUCUUUGGUUGAACGCGAAACAGUCUCCACUCGACGUUUUUAAGCUACUGAAACUGGACGAUAUAGCCAAUGUAAACAGCCCUGCUUUAAACGCUUGGGAGUCUUACAUGAAAUUGUUCAACCAUGUGAACCGCGGAAGCGGAAAGGAGACGACUAUGAUUGAGACUUUCACCAAAGCUUACGGAGGAGACGAUGCUCUGGCCAAGGUGCUUCAAAACGCGAAGAAAGUUUCAACUACGAAAGUUAUGGCGGAAAAGUUACUGGGUGACCAGAGGGUUCUUUGGUUGGUGGAUAAACGAUCCCCUCUCGACGUUUUUAAGCUCUUGAAACUUGACAAAGUCGCCAAUAACCCUCUAGCCAGCCCGGCGCUCGACGCUUGGGAGUCUUACAUGAAAUUGUUCAACUACGUGAACCGCGGAAGUGGAAAGGAGACGACGAUGAUCGACACGUUCACCAAAGCUUAUGGAGAUGCUGGUCUAGCGAUAAUGCUUAACAAGGCGAAGAUGGUGUCGGAGACAGAGAAUAUGGCCAAGAACUUGCAGCUCCAGCAGUUCACACUGUGGAUGAGAAAACGAGGCAACCCAGACAAAAUCUACAUCAAUGUGUUUAAACUAGACCCGAAGAGGAAGACAAUUCCAGAACCAUAUCAGACGAUUCUAAAUCACUACCACUGGUUCUACAAACACAUCCGAAACAUCAAAUAGUCAGUAUGUCUAAAAUAAAAUAAAAGAAUAAUACCAAGC